AUGGCAACCCAAACAACCAUCGAACUCCAGCCCAUGGGCCGAGAAGAACAAAUAGCAAAGACGAUACUCCCAGAAAUUGCAGAAUCAUCAGAACGAACACUCGACUCCGGCCCACCAAGCUCAAGCCCACCCUCCACUCUCGACCACGAACCUCCCACCCCAAAACUCGCAACCUCCCGCGCCUGGAUCGUAAUAACGCAACUCUGCGGCAUAAACUUCAUCUCCUCCUUCAGCAACGGGCUCCUCACAAUCGGCCUGCCCGAGAUAUCCCGUGACCUCAUGAUCCCCUCGCAACUCUCACUCUGGCCCAACUCCGUCUUCUACCUCACAGCAGGCUCAUGUCUUCUGCUCGCUGGCUCGAUUGUCGAUGUGAUUGGCCCCAGGCGUGUCAAUCUGCCCGGUGCUUUGAUCUUGGGAGUGUUCAUUCUGGCAUGUGGACUUUCGAGGAACGCGAUCGAUCUGGUCAUGUUCAGAGCGUUGCAGGGAAUCGCGAAUGCGAUGAUCAUGCCACGUGCGGUGAGUAUUAUCUUUUUGGCGAUGCCGUUGGGAUUUGCGUUUGGUCUGGUGCUUGGUGGUGUGUUUCAGAAUGGAACUGGCUGGGGGGUCGGCUUCUACGCUGGUGGUGCGACUGGGUUGUUGUUCUUCUUGGUCAGUAUCUGGGCACUUUCUGCAGACCUAAGGCUUGUGUCCAUGGAAGAAGUCAUGAAGAGGCUCGGGACGGAGAUUGACUGGGUGGGAGCUGGCAUGGCGAGCACUGCUCUUGCUUUAUUCUCAUACGUUCUUGCCCAUAAGAUACUUUCCGCCGACACGAGUCGCAUCGAGGACUCCGAAACCAUUGGCCUGCUGAUCUUCAGCAUUUCGCUCUUGAUCGGGUUCCCGCUCUGGAUGCAGUUACAGCAGAAACGUGGCCGGCCCCCGUUGAUCCCGAAUCACAUCUGGAACAAUUGGUCCUUCACCAGCGUCUGCUUGAUGAUACUCCUAGCAAAUGCGGUAGUGAACUGCAUGGAGCUCUUCUGCAGUUUGUUCUUCCAAGAAGUACAGCUUCUUUCAGCGAUCGAAGCCUCGAUUCGGGUCCUGCCACAGAUCUUAGUGGGCACAUCUCUUAACUUCCUGACUGGCGUCUCCGUCAACACAGUUCCAAUCAUGCCGGCAGUCGUGAUCUCAAGUUUUUGUGCCUUCUGGGCUCAAAUUCUGGCUCCUUUAGCUGUGGACAUUCUGUUCACUGUUGGCACUCUUGUGGUAUCAUCGGCAUUUCCUCAACGGACUCAAGCUAUGGCGGGUGCGGUGUUCAGCACAUUCUCGCAAAUCGGAUCAUCGAUCGGGUUUUGCGUGACGCAGGUUGUCUCCAGCUCGGUAACAGCCGAGUCGAGCUUUGAGAACAAGAGUUCGCCGCAGGCGCUGAUGAAGGGCUAUCGUGCUACGUUCUGGACGCUUUUUGCCUGGAUGAUUGCGACUUGCGUCAUUGCAGGCGUCGGCUUGAGAAAGGUUGGCAAGGUCGGGGUGCAAAGAGACUGA